AUGAACAUGCGACUUGAGGAUUUUGAACGGUUCCUGGAAUGUAUUCGGUCCUACCCUUUUCUUUAUGACAAGACGCAUUGCGACUAUAAAGACACGGAUGGCAAGACCAACCGAUGGGAAUUAAUAGGACGGGAGUUCGGCCUGACUGCUUCCGAAGCAUCAUCAAAAUUUAGAAAUGCCAGGGACCGUUGGCUUAAGAUCGUCAGCGGCACUGACGCCACAUGUCGGAGUGGGGCACCCGGCGACGCCGCGAAAAAGUGGGCGCUCUUCCCCCUGAUCGACGGCAUGCUGCGAAGCACGCCGCACUACGCCCGCAGGACCACGACAAACAUUCCAAAUAAAACCGGACAAUCACCAGGGCCGAGUCAGCCAAGUUGCAGCAGGUUUGCUACCCCAGAAAGGUACGACGACACAGUUGUCAACUCGCAUGACGACGACAGCACCCCAGCACCUGCUCAAACUGGGUUGUCAGGGUCUUGUAGCCCUUCACCAGCUCAAAACCGGGGGCCACCUUCUCUUAACCUUGCACCAGUUGAGAUUGGUCCACUUGGGCAAUACACGCCGCCAGCCAGGCUGUCCAAAGGAACACCUGCCGGAGGGCCACCUUCACGAAGGAGGAAGAGAAGAGACGACAAUUUUGAAGAUUGCGUCAAGGCGGCCCUUGUCAAAUGUGCUGGCAGUCUUGCUAGCAUCACAGGAAAACAAAGGAAUGAAGUAGAAUGCGACGACGACAGUGCGGCCACGGGCCGCUUAGUCACCGUGAAGCUUCGUGCUCUGCCACCAAGGCAGCGAUCGCAAGCUAUAUUUAAUAUAUCCAAAAUUUUGUAUGAAGCUGAGCAAGAUAGUCUAUAG